AUGACGAUGACUCUGUGCAGGCGACGACGACUGCCGCCGCUGUUGUUGUGCCCUACUCUGACUACGUCGCCGCCCUUUCCCACUCAUCUUCCUUCCUCACCUUCGGACUCUGCCACUCCCACCACUAGUCUCGCCGGCCACCUCCACCAGCUCCAACGCAUCCGCCGUCGCCCAGCCUCGAAACAAGCAACUCCUUCGCUCCCGAACUGGAAGCUCAUGGAAGAGAGAAAAUCUAUUCAUGUCCUCUUCAUUGCCUUCGAGUGGAGAGAGAUGGAGAGGGAUUGA